AUGCUUACUCGCUCUGAUCCGGUCUCAGGCUCGGUCCCCAUCUCAUCACCUGAGUAUUAUUCCUGUUCCACAGUUUCCCGACGUAACCGGCGCUCUGAGCAACCCUCAAUGUCCUCGGACACUUUGUGUAAUCUACUUUCUGAAGAGCUCUGUAUUGAUCUCGUCAGUCUGGCUUUACCCAGUUUGACCAUUUGUUCCACUGAGACAUGCACAAAUACAACAGCAGGCAGUUUUAUUCCUUUGUCUGACAUCUUCCUACCAAGACAAGUAGUUUUUCCCAUUGUUCCACCUUAUUUGGGACAAUAUGGCGAGGUACUAUUAUAA